GAAGGAUGUUGCUGCUGUUGCCGCUGCCGCCGUGGCGUGGCUCACACACACACACUCGCCCUCCUCCAACGCGCGGCGCUUUGAGACGCGGCGUUUCAUCUGCUCGCAGCGCGGCUGAUGAGAGCCACUCGUCUUUCUGGGUCUGCUGCAGCUGCUGUGUGACCCGCCGUCCUUCCUCCCUGCGGUGUCCUGCUGUGAGGGCAUGUGUGCGUCCUGCCGCCGCUGCUCUGGGAGCUGACGAGCAGCAGAGUGGAUUUUAAACGUUCACGCUUGUGUUAUGGUGAGUGUCUCAGAAGCUCUGUGUGCUUUUCAGCAUCUAUAAAGAAGCUUGUGGACCUCAUAUGGGAGAGCAGUGCAUCCAGCUGUUAUUUUCAGGUGAUGUCAUCAUGUUAUCCACAUGGGUGUCAGUGAUCGUCCUGCUGGCCGUGAGGCAUGUGAGGAGCGAGGACGGCGUUCAGCCAUGUGGGCAGAUCCAGACGUCCGGCUCCGUGGUGCCUCUGGGGUCACCUGUCGCCGCCACCUGCGUCGUCAGGGACGACUGCCCUCUGGUCACGGGCCGCGCGGUUCACAUUCUGUGGCGCCUGGACGAGGGUUUCAUCGCUGGCAGCCGCGUGUCCCACCAGAACGGGACGGCAUCCAAGGUUGUUGUGCCGAGCUUCAACCGCUCCAGGGCCACUCUCACCUGCUGCGUCCAGGCCUCUCGCCUUCAAGUGGUCGCGGGAGUGGAGAUCAGAGCGGGACACCCACCAGCGGCACCGCAGCACCUCACCUGCCAGACGAACCUCACCGACCCCAUCGCCCUGACCUGCAGCUGGGACCCUGGGCGGGAGACGGGCCUGCUCACCCACUACACCCUCCACACUGAGACCUGGGAUUUAAAGAAGAACUGGACUUACGAGGUGCCGCCGGGGCUCCACCGCUUCACUAUCCCUCGUUCUGGCCUCGUCCUGUUCUCAGAAAUGAAAAUAUACGUGAAGGCGGUAAAUGAGCUCGGAGACGCAACGUCGUCACCUGUCGUCUUGGAACCUGUUAGUGCAGCUAAGUUUGACCUGCCGAGGAUUCUAAGGGUUAACGCGGUGCCAGGAAGGAGCGGCUGUCUAAGGCUGAGAUGGGCCUUAUCGCAGCACCAGACCUGGCUGCACGAGCAGUGCUUCAACCUGGAAGUGCGACUCAAGCCUGCUGACAGUAAUCAAUGGAAUGAACAGCCAAUCCUGUUGGGUUCCGUUAGACCAGCAAAACCCGUGUACCAGUGUCGCCUCCUCCACGGGACUCGGUAUUUUGCCCAGAUUAGAGUCCAAUACCAGAAGAGCCCCUGGAGUGGGUGGAGCAGCAGCCAGACGGGAGUCACCUUGGAGACUGCUCCCACUGGACGCUUAGACUCGUGGACGAAGGCAUGGGCGGAUCACACGCACAAACAGCUGAACAUACAGUUGUUUUGGAAGCCAUCAAAACAAUUUCGUGCCAAUGGCCAAAAUGUCUCGUACAUCGUCUCGGUGCAAAAGGCGGCGGGUGAGAGGGGGAAGGUGUGCGCUACAGCAGGGAAUCACUGCACUUUCCAGCUUCCCAGGAAAGUGAGGAGAGUUUACCUGAGUGCUGUGAAUGCAGCAGGAAGAUCCUCCCCCACUGAGGUUCACAUCCACCAUCCUAAAGGUCGGUCGGUGAUUUCAGACGUCACAGUCAUCCCUCCUGAUGACCAGUCCCUUCUGGUCCAGUGGAAAAGUCAGAAUACGUCUGCUCUCACUGGUUACGUGGUUGAAUGGAGGCCUUUGUUACUGGAAGACUUGUCUCUGGUCCAGUUUGAAAUGGUGGACAAAAACCAGUCCAGCCUUGUUAUAGCAGGCAGCAUUGAGCCCUACAAGCCCUACGGGAUCGCUGUGUAUCCACGGUAUAAGGAUGGGAUAGGCCUUCCUCAGACUGUUAAUGCCUAUUCGAGAGAAAAGGCUCCAUCCAUGACCCCAACGCUUACGCUCAAAAAGACCUGGCAGUCACACAUUGAGCUCAGCUGGGAUGAGAUCCCAUUAGACAAAAGAAAUGGAAUCAUCCAAAGCUACCGAGUCUUCUACUGGAGUGAGAAGGGACCGGCCAAAGUUGUGGACUCUGACCUGGAGGCUCGGAGGGUGAUUCUCAAAGACCUCAACACAAUGUUUCUGUACAAAGCUUUCAUCAUGGUUAGCACCUCUGGUGGAAGCCUGAACGGCUCGACGAUUCAUUUUGAAAUCGAACCCUUCGAUGCAGUUACCAUUGUGAUGAUUGUAAUUGCUUCUGGUGUUGGAAUGUCUCUGUUUAUGAUUUUCGUGGUCAUGACUUGUUUCUCUAACCAUAAAAGGAUUAAGGGGCGGUUUUGGCCUGCUGUUCCGGAUCCAGCUAACAGCAGCAUCAAAAGAUGGACAUCAGAGUCAACACAGAGUAUUCUUCCUUCUUGGGACAAUGAGGAGCCCAAUCCCAUAUAUCUGUCCCAUCUGAGCUUCUUGGACCUGCCAACCAAACUAAGCACAGAGGACGAUGAUCUUUGGUUAAAAGGUUCAGAGGUCACCAGUGACCUGGGAGAGUCCAUCUGUGGUUCACCGUUCAUCCCUGGGUACUCGCGAUCAAACAGCGACUCGGUCCCCUAUGCUACUGUGAUCUUCUCCGGACCGUGCAGCAGCCCCCCACCCAAAGAGCCUCAGGUCUACCUGCGCUCGGAAUCCACCCAGCCGCUCCUAGAGGCUGAAGAAUCCUUCAGUCCGAAGUGCUACCAGAAUAUUGCAGCCCAUGGGCUGCCAAGUGAUCAGUGUUUUUUUGGACCAAGCCACGAUUGUGUUCCUGAAGAAGGAGCAGGCUCUGUGAUUCUGUGGGAUGACUUUCCUUUUCUACGUGCAUUAGCAAUGAAUGAUACUCAGAAUGACUAAUCUGCUAAUUAUAAGUAUAGCACCUUUGCCUUAUAAAGUUUGUGUAUGUUUACAUCUGGGCUUGUGUGAAGAGUGGACUUUGAAAGCAUAGCUGUAAAUUAAUGCUAGCGUCAAUGCUUUGAUAUGAUUACAAUGUUUAUGCUUUGUUUGUGUCAUUUUAUGUUUUAUGUCAUAAAUACAAAUUUACCUCGUAAGAAAAGAUUCAUUCUCCACAGCAAUUUUAUGUGUGAGAUUAUAUUUUUUCACAGAAUGUGAAUGUUUCAGUUGAACAGUUUCUUAAAAACACACAGAAUUCAAUAAAAUAAAAUAAAAAAUCA